AUGCUACAACCACGGAUAGCUCUGCGAGCAUGCACUGGUUGCAAACGUGGACUACCUCUACUGAGCAGGACCUAUGCAACAGCGGUCGAAGUCGUCGCCCCUGCUCAGGCCUAUAACCCUGUCAUAUCAGGGGAGAAGCCAAUCCCACCAGAUCGCCUGUACCCUGUCUUCGGCGAGUCAGAGCUGCAACGAUAUAAACCACGAACUCCGGGUAUUCGUCACCUUAUCCGGACCAAGAGCGAGCAUCUAUGGCGCGGCAGACCAGUAUACGCACUGACCAUACCGAAGAAAGGGCAAUCAAAAGGAGGGCGAAACCAUACAGGUCGGGUCGUGGUCAGACACCGAGGAGGAGGACACAAGAGACGCUUGCGGCGCGUUGAUUUCGCACGCGAUGAGCCAGGCAAAUCCAUCGUCGAGCGGAUUGAGCACGAUCCUGGUCGAUCAGCACAUAUCGCACUGAUCCGAAAUUUGGACACGGACAAGGUCAGCUAUAUUGUGGCGGCAGAGGGCAUGCGAGCAGGCGACGUCGUGCAAAGCUAUCGGUCGGGUCUGACGGAAGACCUUCUGAACCCCGAAGGCGGCGAGCUUGAUCGAGGUCUUGUCGCAUCAAGGACUGCUCAUCGUGGCAAUUGUCUGCCUCUGGGUCUGAUACCAGUUGGAACACCAGUCUUCAAUAUCGCACCCGACAAGAAUUCUAUCGGAAAGAUGUGUAGAAGCGCUGGCACAUACGGCAUUCUCCUCGCCAAAGGCGAGGACGAAGUGCAGAAAGAGAUGUUGAAGUUCAUCGGUGAGCAGGGUGGCUCAAGCGACGCCUCAGAGUUGCAGCUCUCAGUCUUCAGCGCAGAGCAGCUUGCGCGUUAUGAGAAGGCAGCCAAGUUCGUCACUGUAAAGCUAAACAGCGGCGAGAUCCGACACGUUGACAAGGACGCCGUCGCCACCAUCGGCGUUGCGUCAAACGCCAAUCACAAGGACGAACAGCUGGGCAAGGCGGGUAGGAAGCGAUGGCUAGGCUUCCGUCCGACUGUACGAGGUGUGGCUAUGAACGCCGUCGAUCAUCCUCACGGUGGAGGCCGUGGAAAGGGCAAGGGUAAUCGUGACCCUGUGUCUCCUUGGGGUAUCCCAACCAAAUCUGGGUACAGGACGAAACGGAAGGGCACGAUGAAUCCCCUUAUCAUCGAAGGACGGCCUCGCAACCAGGGCAAGCGACGAAACAAGAAGUAG